GUGAGGAUCAGCAAAGCAGACCAGUUGUCGCGUUGUGUGUUGGGUUAAUUUACAUUAGGCUGAGUGGAAGUUUCCUUGGCAACGGUAACUAACGAAAAGCAGGGCCCACUUCCAGCAAGCGUUGUUGCCUGCGAGGUCGAACUAAAGAAGGGCGCUGUCGAGGAAAGCGGGUGUUUUCAUUGUUUACCCCGAACGAAAAGAUCAACGAAAAUGAAGCAUUUCGCUCUCAGUGCAGUAUUGCUAAUAGCUGCCGCAGAAAGUGCCAUGGCCAUCAGCUGCUUCGUGUGCAACACGACGGACUCGACGACGCCGUUCCAGUGCAGCGAAUGGUUCGAACGUUUCGACCGGCCGGACCUGAAGCCGGUCGACUGUGCCAACGUGUACGGGGCGAAGUAUUGCAUCAAGCAUAUCGGUCGCUUCGAAGAUGGCAUCGGAGCCAAGCGGUAUUGCUCGUCCAGGGACCUUGGCAACUACUGCAACUACGUGCGGAACCCGGGUGACCAGAUUGAGUACCGUUCGUGCAUCUACACCUGCGACUCGGAUGGCUGCAAUUCCGCACACCGGCCACAGUUCGGAACGGUUGGCCUCACGAUCGUUACGGCGCUACUUCCGCUGAUCGGAUGGUUUAUGGCCGGCCGGAGGCAAUAAUCAAUCACCAUGCAAGGGUGCACCACGCGUCGGUGCAUUUUAAAACAAUCUAGACCUAGAUAUUUUUAUUCCCUCCAUGAAGAAUGACAAAAACUUUACAGAAGAAAGUUUUGUGCUACGUUCAUUUUUACAUUCCGCCCAACAUUAACUUUUUUGUUUGUUCUAAAUGAGUAGGAUAAGGCUUGAUAAGACCUCUCGGUAAGGAAAAGACGAUGAAAAAUAAAAAUAAAAACCCGUUAACGGUCAAAA